GAAUUGCUCAACAGUGACAUCUGGCGGAACCCCAAUAACAGUGUUUAACGCGAGAUCCCGUUCUCUUUCGCAACUCGCGAUUCGUAACGAUGAGUCACAGGAAGUUUUCGGCACCACGUCACGGCCAUGUUGGUUUCUUGCCCAAGAAGCGUGCUAAGCGUCACCGUGGUAGGGUGAAGGCAUUCCCCAAGGAUGACCCAUCCAAGCCAAUUCACCUGACUGCCUUUAUGGGCUACAAGGCUGGCAUGACCCACAUUGUCAGAGAAGUUGAGAAGCCCGGUUCAAAACUGAACAAGAAAGAAGUCGUGGAAGCGGUGACCAUCAUCGAAACUCCCCCGCUGGUCAUUGUCGGUGUGAUUGGUUAUAUCGAAACACCCCGUGGUCUGCGCACACUGAAAACCGUCUUCGCUGAACAUCUGAGCGAAGACUGCAGGCGUCGCUUCUACAAGAAUUGGUACAAGGCCAAGAGAAAGGCUUUCACCAAGUAUGCAAAGAAGUGGCAAGAUGAGGUCGGAAAGAAGCAGAUCGACAGGGAGUUUGAGAAGAUGAAGAAGUACUGCACUGUCAUCCGUGUUGUUGCACACACACAGAUGAAGCUUCUGCGUAAGCGUCAGAAGAAGGCACACAUCAUGGAGAUCCAGCUGAAUGGUGGCACUAUUGCUGAGAAGGUGCAGUGGGCCUGCGACCAUCUGGAAAAGGCUGUCCCAAUCUCGAGCGUCUUCGCCGCAGAUGAGAUGAUAGAUAUGGUUGGCGUGACUAAGGGCCAUGGAUUUAAGGGGGUCACCUCCCGUUGGCACUGUAAAAAGCUGCCACGCAAGACACACAAGGGUCUGCGUAAGGUUGCCUGUAUUGGAGCCUGGCAUCCCAGCAGAGUGCAGUUCACUGUGGCUCGCGCUGGUCAGAAGGGCUAUCACCACCGUACGGAGAUCAACAAGAAGGUCUACCGUAUCGCAGAAGGCAUUCACACCAAGGACGGCAAAGUGAUUAAGAACAACGCUGCAACCGACUUUGAUUUGUCCGACAAGAGUAUCACACCAAUGGGUGGCUUCCCUCAUUAUGGAGAGGUUAGAAAUGACUUCAUCAUGAUCAAGGGGUGCUGUAUGGGCCCGAAGAAGCGCAUUAUCACGCUUCGCAAAUCUUUGCUGACACAUACCAAGCGUGUGGCUGCAGAGCACAUCACCUUGAAGUUCAUCGAUACCUCGUCAAAGUUCGGGCAUGGUCGCUUCCAGACUCACCAGGAGAAGCAGGCCUUCAUGGGUCCGCUGAAGAAGGACCGGGUAAAGGAGGAGGCAGCUGCAUAAUCUGUUUCGAUGCUACAUCGUUAUUUUCUUGGGAGAAACGAUACUGAAAUAAAAUAAUUUGUGAAAAGAA